AUGCCAAAGACGCCGCAGUCCCAGCCGCCCUCCCCAGUCAAGCAGCCAGCCAAUGCCCCUGCCCCUGACAAAUUAGACAAGAUGUCCGAAAUCACUCUCAGAAAGAAGAACACUGACGCUCAGGCUGCUUUCCGUGCACGCCGUGCCAACUAUAUUGCCACCCUCGAAGAGACAGGUCCUGUCCGUAAAUCGCAGUAA